UUUUCGUAAUGGUGGAUUUCAAUGGUCGCCAACAUAGUUAGUCCUUGGUCGCCAAGAAACAAACAUUCACAAGAAUGCUUGUUUGAAUGUUGUCAAUGGCUGUAAAUUGUCUUUGUCAUCUCUUGGUCAGACGUUUUAGAAAUGAAUAGAUUUGUUAUAAGGCAGGGUAAACCUACUACUCGUUUAAAAUUGAGCGCAAGAAGAAAAAAAAGAAAAGCACCAUGGCUACAAGAUUGGAGAAAAGGAAAUCAGUAACCAGAACUUGGGCGAGGUUGAAUGGAUGAGGCUGGUUGCUAUGGUGAUGUUGCUUUCUUUUGACCGGCCUUGAAAAGGAGAUUACGUUGUUAAACUUCAUAAAAACGGGCGCGUUUUAAAUUUCUUUGAUGUAAGAAGAUUUAUCCAGGAUGCCUCGAUUUAGAAAAAGAGAAAGUAAUUUACAUUUGUCUACACGUAGAGAGAAAAAUAAAGGUCAAAAUUUGAAAGCCUGAAAAGAAAGGGAGGAGUUAGCAAAAAUGUCCUCCUCAUUUGAAGUGUUAACAGCUUUGCCGUGUUUAAAUACAGUAUUACCGGUGUUGAGCCGGGUGAGAUCCAAGGCUCGAAAACCAUUGCAGGACAUCAGAUUGGCUGGUCAAUUUACAAGUCAGAAGGAGGAAUUAGCCAAAAUGUCCCCCUCAAUUGAAGUGUCAUCAAGUUUGCCGUGUUUGAAGACAGUUUCCCACGUGAUGAGCCGGGUAAGAGCCAGGGCCCUAAAACCAUUACAGUACAUCAGAUCGGCUGGUCAAUUUACAAGUCAGAAGAGAAAAAAACUAUUACUCCUAAAGCAACAAGCUGCCAUAUCUGCAGUAACUAAUCCUGAUAUUAUAGAUGCAAUGGGACAUUAUGCAAAUUAUUUUUUCCAUGGGCAGGCCCUCCUAGCCAAAGCAAACGCAGAUGAGGCUUCAACUUCAUGCACGCAAUCAGACGUGGAGAAGAAAGGAGGGAGCUCAUUACAGAAGAGUAAUGAUUCUAAUGUGCUACCAGCUGGGCAGUGUUCUAAUAGCACGUCUACAAGUCUCAUGAGCAGCUCUGACAUCGUGAUCAAACAAGAAAUAAUCGAAACAGAAUCAGAAUCCAGCAUAUUUGAUGAUGCGUCAUUUCAUUCGUCGAUUGCCGAUGGCCCUUCCGAAGCACAGUUCGAUGGACAAAGACCAAGCACAUCUUAUGUGACAUGUUCAGAAUCUUCAAACUCCAAUACAGAUUAUAUACUUCCAGGUGGACAUAACGAUGUUGUUUCCUCAGCACCAACACAGUCUCAGAUUUCGAGAACUGUGAAGGUUGAACCUGAUGUUUCUUCGAAUUCUUGCGGCGUAGUUUCUGAAAAAAAUUGUAGAAACGAAUCUAUCCUACCUGGAGUUUCAUCGCAAAUAGGAUCAUCCUCUUUCUCACUUGGUAGUUCCAACCAUGGAAGUUCAUGGACUAAUGAGUCUACCCAAUCUAAAGUUCCUUCUCAUUCAAAUCCUCCGUUUCGAUCUAAGGACAGAUUUGACAUUUUCGGCGAAUUCGUCGCUUCAAAAUUACGAAAUCUGGAUUCGAAAUCCAGUGCCUUCAUCCAGACCACCUUUUCAGAUCUCCUGUUUAAAGCUGAAUUAGGGAUGUUUUCAGAGAGAGGCGAAAAAGGGUUUUCAGAUGCACAAACAGACUAUGCUGGAAAAUCUCCAAAUAAAAACACCCAUGGCUCUUCAGAGAAAGAGAAUGUCCAGCCUGGAUCUUCUUCUCACAUAGAAAAUACUCUUCAAGAUUUCAGUCUUACUCAAAGAUCACCGAGAGAUGAUAUACAACACAGAUCUCCUUCUCAUAGAACAAACCAAUUAUCACCACCAGUUGCAAAUAGUACCAGUCCUGAAAACGCUUUGAGUAAUGAACCAAUCCAACUUGCGUCUCAUACGGAGAACCCAUUGCCUCCAGUUGAAAGUGUUACGGUUUCUGAAAAUUCUUCUAGAACUAGUCCAAAUCAAACUGGAGUUUCAGUGCUGCCAUCUGGAUCUCCAGUUUUACAUACUGCAAAUUCUUGGAGUGGUACGCAUAUCCAACCUACUAUUCCACUUCAUAUGCGACCUAGAGAUGAUUUUGAUGUUUACGGGGAGUUUGUCGCUUCAAAACUGCGAAGUCUAGAUCCAAGAUCGUGUGCCUUCGUUCAAACGGCCUUUGCAGAUCUCAUAUUUAAAGGAGAGUUGGGAAGAUUUGUCAGCGAAGGUGAACACAAUUUUUUUGCCAACAAAACGAACAAUCUUCUUUGGAAUUUGCCUUCUAAUAACCCCCAGAAAAAUGUUGUGUCUAGUUCUGAACCUCAGACCCGAUUUAAUUUAAUCACCCCAAAUAUUUGUGCUGAUCCAAUUCCUAUGGAAAUCAUACCCAAUUUGCAUUUUGUUCAAAAAUAACUUGUGAUCAUGAAUUCCAAAUUCAACUUUAUACGUUUUAUAAUAGUUCAUACCAUGUCUCAUAUUGUUCUUGUUUAAUUUUUCGAUCAUGUAUUCAUGUUCAAAUUUAGUCAGUUGUAAAUAUCAAGACUCUGAACUUAUUUUGUACCAAAGAGAAUUAAAAAAGAAUUUUUAAAUUUC